AUGGCCACACACACAGAAUCAUAUUCAACACUGCCAUCAGCUCGACAAAGCAAAAUGAAAAUCGACGCCUUACUGAACCCAGGCGAUGAAGAAAUCUCUCCACGAACCCAACACGCCUCAAUCCCACCAUCCCACCGCCACAGUUACCACUAUCAAGCCUCACCAAGCUUCCCCCAAGCCCAAACUACUGGUACAACCGCUCCUACCACGACACCAGCCCAGGCGCACUCUCAAACACAACAACGGCAACAAACCAGAGCACCAGCACAAACGCAAGCCACCACAGCGUAA